GGCACGGAUCGGGCUGUUGGUGGGCCAGCUUUGCAAUUGUGUCCGCAAGAACAAGCGGGCCUCCUUCCGCAAGAGCUGCAUGGCACAGUUUCGGAAUGAGACCGAAGAGCUGUUUCAGCUCUCUUUGAGAUUGCGCCGAUUGGCGAAACAAGACAUGGACAAUGAGGAGAUGUGGAACACAGUUGCAGAGUCCAUGCCAGAAGCCACAGAGAAGUUGACUCCAGCCAAAAGGGGUGCUGACACUGCGCCAUCAGCUGACAAGCCCAAUGCCAAGCUCAAGCCAUUGGGCUUUAGGUGGCUGGAUGAUCGUCAGAUUCGCCCUUACGAGCGUGAUCGCUACGUCCGUAAAGUGGACUCCGUCCGCAACUG